CUUAUGCGCUGCAAUCUCAGCUCACCCCGAGCCUUGCCCUCCCCGAUGGCAAACUCCUCGUCGAGGCAUACUUCGCAAUAAAUGAAGGCCGGAACCCCUGAGCGAGCCUACUGCUAGGGUGGAAUUGACAGCUUCGCUUUAGUCACUAGUCUCUAGGUACUUAUUUCCGACACACCCCAUACUUGGCAACCACCAGCGGCCCUGUCAGUCUUCUUAAGUUUACCAUCGAAGUCAACCAUGAAACUCGUCAGCAUCGCCGCAGUCGCCUCUGCCCUGGCCCAUGCCAGCGCGUACCUCAUCACCGGCGACACGGUCAACUGCCGGGCCGGGCCAGGCACCAACUACGAGGUCAAGAGGACGUACAGCAAGGGGAUCGACGUCACAAUCACCUGCCAGACGCCCGGUACCAGCGUGGAGGGCCACAGCAUCUGGGACAAGACGUCGGAUGGCUGCUACGUGUCCGACCUCUACGUAGAGACGGGCAGCGACGGUUAUGUCGUGGGCAAGUGCGGCACAACCGCGUGCGUUGCCCCCAAGUCGAACCAGGCCACGGUCGACCUGAUUGCCGAGUUCGAAGGCUUCGAGCCUACUAUCUACACCGACGCCGCCGGCUAUCCCACGGUUGGCUACGGCCACCUCUGCAAAGAUUCCACAUGCUCCGACCUCAAGUACUCGAUCCCGCUCUCACAGGCGGACGGCAAGAAGCUGCUGGCCGACGACAUGACGCGCUUCGAGAGGUGCAUCACAGCCAUGACGCACGCAACCGUCAACCUGAACCAGUACGGCGCUCUCAUCAGCUGGUCCUUCAAUAUGGGUUGCGGCGCGGCCGAGACGUCGUCGCUCAUCCAGCGGCUCAACAACGGUGAGGACGUCGACACGGUGCUGUCCGAGGAGUUGCCCAGGUGGGUGUACGCCGGCGGCCAGGUACUGCCAGGCCUCGUGCGGAGGCGCAACGCCGAAAUCGCGCUGGCCAGGACGCCUAUGGACGACACAGCGCUGCCGGCGUGUUAACUAUUAAGGGGGUUUAGUAGAGGGGAUAGGCGUCAGUGAUGCAACGGGGUUUGGUUGCCUGGUGUUUCCUUGGUCAAGUUGGCGUUUCUUGUUAAAUUCACACACACGAGUAGAAACUAUAGAGAGGCUAUAUAAGGGGGCGAGAUUCUGGGUUCUAUAUCAAAGCCAACUUGGACUUUUCCGUCCUCCUAGAUCCCUGACUUGGGAUUGAAAUACAGUACAGCCUCCGAACUGUAGUAGAAUAGUCAGUCCAAGGUAUUCUGGGGCCGCUUUGCAAGCCAAUUCAAGUAACUUGUACGAAUUCGGUAUUCGACUCCAAAAACCAACCAACAGGUAAGGCGGAGAGCAAAGGGCU